GAGUAGAAAAGUGAGUGAGUGAGUGAGUGAGUGAGUGAGUGUAUGAGUAGGAGUAAGGAGAAUUAUCGAUUGUAUAACAAAUUAUUGCCAUAACUAGUUUCAACCUAUUAACGAGUAACGAACGAUCAUCGAGAAGAUGCCUAAGGCAAAUUAUUAACAACGCACGAUAUCGCUUGAAAUAGGGUUCACUUUAAUGUCAGCACCAUUUUGUUGUUCUGUUUACUCUUUAGCAUAAAAUUAUUCGCAACUUAUUCAUCACGAAUAAAAACCAUUAUUGAAUAUUACAUAAUCAUUAAUAACAAUGAUAACGAUAAUGAUAAUAAGAAUAAUAAAAGAUAUUGAAUAUUCAACAUUCUACAUAUCUUUAUAAUCCUUGAAUUAAUUCACUACGCGAGAAAUUUUUUUUUUCUUUUCCUUUUUUUGUUUUUCUUUUUUUUUUUUUGUUUUGUUUCAAGAAAAUAUAGAAAUUUUGGAUGAAUUGAAGUGUUAGAUUAAAAAUUCUAAUUACGUGCAAGUUGCUACGAAAGAGACGAAUAAUAUAGCCAGAGAGAUAGAGAUAGAUAGAUAUAGAGAGAGAAAGAGAGAGAGAGAGAGAGAGAGAGAUAGAGAGAGAGAGAGAAUAAAAAAUAUCGUUUUAUCGAAGGAACAAUCGACUUCAUUAAUCCAGUGGUAUAAUUCGAACAAGUUACUUAAGAGGAAAGAAAGAAGAAGAAAGUGGAAAGAAAAAAAAAAAAAAAAAGAAAAGAAAGAAAGAAAAAGAAAGAAAAGUAAUAGAAUGCUUUAUUAAAGUAUAUUACAAGGAAGAUGAUGAAAAGGACAACAUAUUAAGAACAUGUGAACUCGCGUUCAAUUUUUUGCGGUAUAAGAAAGAAGAAGAAAAAGUUGGAAGUAUCAAGGCGUCACAAGUUUUACAGAUCAUUUCGUCAGUAUCCAUUUCAAGUUUAGAACAACCGUUCUCUAUAAGAGGAACUCUUUGUGAAACAUGUGACGAAGCUCGUUUGCACAAUUUGCUCUUGGAAAUAGAAAUAAUAUAAAAACGUAUAAAGAAUAAAUAACAUUUCGUUCAGUACAGCGAACAAACCACUGUCACUCACGAACAUACGACACAUUCGCCGAAGUGGAAAAGACGAAUAAGAUGAAAAAGUCAUUGGAUGUGUGAUAAAACACGCGAUAAACGAAAAUCACAAUGGCAAACAGAAUAUACUUAACAUUAUGAAGAAUAACGAAAGCUUGGAGAAUUAUAUGUUGAGUAACAUAGAGAAUAGUGAAUAUCUCAACAUAACUCGGAAUAAUUCAAACUCGAACCAUUCAAUAACGUGUGACGAGUUUGUCAGCAAGGAGAAUGUUAUCUCAUCGAUCUGGUUCCAAGCAACUGUCUACUUUCUCUAUAGUACGAUUUUCGUUGUAGCUCUAAUAGGAAAUGGAUUGGUCUGCUACGUCGUUCAGAGUAGUCCAAGAAUGCAAACAGUUACUAAUUACUUUAUCGUUAAUCUGGCAAUCAGUGAUAUCUUGAUAGCAGUUUUAUGUGUCCCUACAACGUUCAUCAGUGUAUUAAUACUUCAAUAUUGGUCAUUUGGUCCGACACUCUGUCCAAUCGUUAAUUAUUCACAGGCGGUUUCCGUGCUAGUAAGCGCAUACACUUUGGUAGCAAUCAGCAUAGAUCGUUACAUAGCCAUAAUGUGGCCAUUGAAGCCACGCAUGAGUAAAAAACAAGCGACACUUUUGAUACUGAGUGUCUGGUUACUCGCAUUGAUAGUCUCUUUCCCGAUUGCUUUGGUAUCGGAACUUCUUCAGCCUCCAUUGGAUCAGUACGUGAAAUGCAAUAAGUUCAUCUGCCGAGAGAAUUGGCCAUCGACAAACCAUAGAUACUAUUAUACGAUCGCCCUAUUGGUCCUACAGUAUCUGAUACCACUGAUGGUACUUUUAUUCACUUACACUAGCAUCGCCAUAAUUGUAUGGGGUAAAAGACCACCAGGGGAGGCCGAAAAUACAAGAGAUCAAAGAAUGGCACGUUCAAAAAGAAAGAUGGUGAAAAUGAUGAUUACCGUUGUAUUGGUCUUCACCAUGUGCUGGUUACCCUUCAACAUUUUCUACAUAGUAUUAGAUUUCGAUGAGAGACUAAAUAACUGGUCGGGUCUUCCAUUCAUAUGGGCAGCCCUUCAUUGGCUUUCAAUGUCACAUUCCUGUUACAAUCCAGUAAUCUAUUGUUGGAUGAAUGUCAGAUUUCGUGCAGGCUUUAUCAUUGCAUUUGGACGUUUACCAUGCUUGCAUAGAUUCAUACAUAAUCGAGGAAGACAUACGUAUAAUACCAGUAUGGUGGGCGUGCCCUUGACAGAUCUCGAAGGAUCCAGUCAUUUUGUUUUACAGCGAAAAAACACGAGCACGACUUAUGUCAGUGUCAGGCACAAAACUAAUGGAAAUCAUGGAGCACCUGCAAGAAGUGCCAGCUUCCGUAACAACGAAUCAUUGCGAACUAAUAUCCCACAGUCUCAACUAUCACAGUUAGAGGAACAGAUAUAAAGAAGAAGAAGAAAAAAUGAGAAAGAAAGAAAAAAUAAAAGAAAACUUUCUUUCGAAGUUUUAAUGUUUUAUUUAGGGAAAUAUGAAUUUGUAUAAUCGUAUAAUAACCGAGUUACGCGAUCACAUUUUCUUAUUUUGAUUUUUACUUUCACCAACUAAGGAAAUAUCUUUUUUCUUGUAUAUUCUACAAAAGAAAAAGAAAAAGAAAAAAAAAAAAAAAGAAACGAGAAAAAAAAUGUAAAAAAUUAAUAUUAUCUUUGAACGCACGUCCUUUCUUUUCCCUUCUCUGUUCAAAUAUCAUGAAAAAAAAUUUUCAUUUCACUUUAUGAUACGUUAAUAAACUGAAAAAAUAAAGCAAUCACUUCAAGUGUUAAACUCUUACGUAUUAAGUUCCUUUUUAUAUGUACUUACGUAUAUUUUUCUAAUUUUAUGUUUCGAACAAAUUGACCUAACAAUACUCGUAUAAAUUCUCAUUUUAGGAAAUUUCGUUCCUCACGCUUUGUAUUAAAGUUUUCGAGCCAUGUAUUACGGUAUAGAUAUAAAAUAAUAUUAAAAAAAAAAAAAAAAAAAAAAAAAAGUAAAGGAAAAGAAAAAAAAAAAGAAA